CUGGUCGGGAGCCCUCACUGACGCCGACGCCGCCGCCACUGACGCCGCGGAGUACGUCGCCUCAAUGUCCCGGCACCACCGCGUAGUCGCACCACCGUAGUCAUAUGGCUACACGACGACGACCACGGUGGCCACCGGCUGCUGCGAUAAUCAUCGCCGCCGUUGUCAUUGCGGUCGUACUACCUGCACAUCUGGCCGCCGCCCAAAAUGCCGUCAAAGACAAAUCAGAAUUACAACGAGCUAUUGACUGGCUUACUUUACAACGGAACAAAGACUGGGGAUGGGGAACCGGGACAGACACCGCUCAGGCCAUUGUGGCCAUGGAGAUGACGAAAACCGGGGAACUUCUGGAACGAGAACUGAGCGCCAAACAAUUGGAAAUAGAACUUUUGGCCAGGCUAUGGCAACACCACGACCCAGAUUCGGAUACCCUUCAACAACAAGAUGACGAAGACGAAGCAUUAACCGUAGCCAACAUUGCGACGUACUCAAUGGCAUUGGCUAGUGCUUGUCACGAUCCAAGACAAUUCCACGGACACGAUUUAAUUGGCUCGUUGCUACAACAUGAAACUAUAUCCGAUUUGGAUUUCUCGUAUAGUUCCUUGGUGGCGUGUGAAUCGGGUACACAUGUCAGAAAAAGACACAUUCGAAGACUAAUCGAGAUAGCCAACACUAAGCAUACAGUGGAUUCAUUGAGUGUAGCCAUAUUAGCCCUUCAGUGUGUAGAACAUGAUCAUCGCAACCGUAACGUAAAACCGUUACUCAGGAAACCAUUAGCGACAUUGAUAGCGUUACAACAGCUGGACGGAGGAUUUGGUAGUCUUCACACGACUGCACUUGCAAUCCGAGCGUUACAAGAAGGCAAAGCCACGUGGAACCGGACGAACGCAGUCGAUUGGCUGUUAAACCAUCAAGGACCCGACGGAGCUUUCUUUGACAUCGCAACGACGGCCGAAGUGAUAAUCGCCUUGGCGCGCGUGUCGGGCGUCGUCGAGGGGAUAGCCGACCACUGCGAGGUCCGGCCGGGAGCUGAUAAGGACAACGUCGGUACCGCGGUGAUCAUACCGCACCCGUCGGCCGUCGACACCAAACGUCCGGUGUCAUCCGUCAACGUGACCGAAUCCGUUGCCACCGACGAAUACCAUCCGCCACAGAUUUCGGACAGCGGCACAAACGUGACGGUCAGCUAUUCGCUGUGGAUCGGCAGCAACAUUACGGAAAAACGAUCGAUCAACAUCACGGCCGACCAUAACGUCACGUUUUACGAGAUCAUGCAAAGAGCGUCUGAUCUAGACAGCGCUUUCACGUUUUCAGCUACGGAAUGGCCAAAUGGUCAUUACGUGCAUACUCUAUCGGGACUUAAAGAGGAACCAAUGAGUUAUCAUUUUUGGCUGUUGUACAAACUGAGAACAUGUCCUGACCCGCAAAAUCCUCCGAGCAAUCAACUAGUAGCUCCGACCGGUGUUGACGAUUUAAUCGUUCAAAAUGGUGAACACUACUUAUUUUGGUAUAAGAAGCUCUAAAUUUUAAAGGAUGACAAAAGGGAUUUCAGAUGUUAAUAUACAACGUUUAAAAUAUGGUCGACAAUAAUUAACGGAAAUAAUAAUUUUUAAAAAAUAAAUCUUUUUUCUAGGGAUUAAGUGAUAUUCAUUUUAGACUUGUUGAAAACUAUGUGUCAAAAGUUAUAUUUCUCUGUACCUACGCUUAUAAAAACAAAAAUUAACAACAUUUUUUUUUCUGCUA